AUGGAUAAGAACUCUGCUAAAAGAUCAGCCAGCAGAGAGAUACAAGAGAGAAAGGUAGACCAACAUUCUGGAGUGCGGGGAAAGUCUUCAUCAGGACAAAAAAGACACAGGACAGAGAAGUGUCAAGCCAGAAAUUCUAAAAGUACAAAGACAGUGACAUUUGAAGAAAAGCCUGAGGGCAAUGGGAGCUUCAUAGAUGAGAACCAGCUGGACCUAGGUGCGAAGCAUCAGCCAAAUGGGAAACCAGGAGCAAGUGGGAAAGCCAAGCUCUCUGCAAGGCAGGAGGCAAAUGCAAAGUGCGACUUGCCCAGAAAAAGCCUCAACACGUACCCCUGGCAGGAGAUCCAGAGACACAAUCAGAAGACUGAUCAGUGGCUGGUGAUCAGUCGCAAGGUCUACGAUGUUACUGGCUGGGCAGACAGGCAUCCCGGUGGGCGGAAGGUCCUCAACUACUAUGCUGGGGAAGAUGCCAUGGACGUCUUCAGAGCCAUGCAUCCGGACCCUGACAUUGUGCGGUUGUACCUUAAACCACUGCUCAUCGGAGAGCUUGCUCCAGAAGAGCCCAAUCAGGAGAGAAACAAAAACACCCAGUUGGUAGAAGAUUUCCAAGAACUGUGGAGGACAUUAGAGACCAUGAAUAUGUUCAAUGCCAACCUGGGGUUCUUCUUCCUUCACCUCGCCCAGAUCUUGAUUUUGGAGGCCCUGGCUUUGGUAAUAGUGUGGCAUUUUGGCAGUGGCUGGCUUAUCACAAUAUUCAUUUCUUUUCUUCUCACGGUUGCUCAGGCUCAGGGUUCAUUUCUGCAACAUGACAUGGGACACCUUUCCAUAUUUAAGAAGUCCAAGUGGAACCACUGGAUGCAAAUAUUUCUGAUCGGUCAUCUCAAGUAUGGCAAGAACAAAAUCAAAUUCAUCGACUACGAGAAGCAGCACCUGAUCUUCUGCCUGGCUGGGGCCACCCUUCUCAUGCCAGUAUAUUUCAACAUGGAUUCUAUUCAAGUAAUGUACCGCAGAAGGCACUGGGAGGUGAGCAACUCGAUUGUCUCUCUAGAGCUAGAUCAGGCUGGUAUAAAAGGGGAAAGGUUUUUGGAAAGUGUCUGGGCUGCGUAUGUUACCCAGAUGAGCCACACAUCAAUGAAAAUCAGCAAAGAGGAGAACCAGGACUGGUUCAGCUCUCAGGUCUUGGCCACCUGUAAUGUUGAACAGUCCUUUUUCGAUGAAUGGUUCACUGGGCACUUGAACUUCCAAAUUGAGCACCAUCUAUUUCCCACGAUGCCACGCCAUAAUUAUCACAAGGUGGCAGCUCUGGUGAAGUCACUGUGUGCCAAGCAUGGACUACCAUAUGUGAAAAAGCCCAUCUUGAAGGCAUUUGGAGAUAUUCUCAGGGCCCUGAAGAAGUCCGCAGCCCUCUGGAUGGAUGCUUACUACAGCCAUCCAGAAACAUAA